AUGGUGGAUAUACUUCAGAUCACUAAUUCCUUAACGCAUACGGUUCCAAGCGGUACGCAGCUAAUCCGGGGCAAUUACUCCAUCUAUGCCAGACUCUGCCUCCCGGAUACAGCAGCAAAAAUCACCAAUAUCAAGACUGUCCAAGUACUUACACACGGUGUCACUCUUGAUAACACCUACUGGGACAUAAGUCCCGGCUACAGCUACAUCGAUGCAGCUACCGAAGCUGGUUACGCGACCCUAUCAUACGACCAGCUGGGAGUCGGCAAUUCCGAUCAUCCAGAUCCCAUUCAGGUAGUGCAGGCUGCCAGUCAGGUUGCUGUAACACAUGCCCUCGUACAGCAACUACGGAAUGCCAAAGUUGGCGGUUACCACUUCCAGAAUGUCGUUGGGGUAGGCCACAGUGCAGGAAGUACAUUGACACAGGCCGUUAGUAUCCAAUAUCCGAAUGACUGGGAUGCCGCAAUCCUUACCGGGUCGGUACCAAACAGCUACUAUCUCGCUAUCACACAAGCAUCUCUCAACAUGGUCAAUGCAAACUCUCAAAUCUCGGGACAAUUCAAAGACUUGCCAACCGGAUAUUUAACAUCACAGACCGAGGUCGGCAUUCAAUUUGCUUUCUACCGCUGGCCUAAUUAUGAUACCGCGGCAUUUAGUCGCCAGGUUGCUCACAAGUCAACUUAUACUAUCGGUGUUCAACUUACGCUUGGUGGACUUUUGGGGUCGGCAUCCUCGUUCGCUGGUCCUGUGGAUGUUGUGCUAGGCGCGAACGAUCUUGAUGCUUGUGGCGGAAAUUGUACACAUCCACAGAAUCAAGCUGCGUUGUUUUUGUCUACCUCCUACCCUAAUGCAUCACCGGGUAGUCAGAAAUAUAUUGCCGCAGGCGCUGGACGUGCGAUUGCCGCUCAUAAAAGUGCUGGCGAUAGCUUUGCGCAUAUGGUAAAUUUUCUACAAUCAAACCAAAUAUCUUAG